AAAUUUUUUACAAUUAAAAAGUGGAUAUAUUUAUUGUUUUUUGUACAUAAUAAUAGAUCACCUGGUAAACAAUUUCCUUGUAAAAUCCUUUAAUCCUGAAAGGCAACUAAUAGUUGCUAAAUUGACCUCAGUGUAAAGUUCGCUAAACACCCAACAUAAGACAUACUUCAUCAGAAUGGCCCUCAACUUUAGCUCAAUAAAGUUGAGCAAAUGGCAGAUUGCGUUAUUUAUUGGCACGCCCCUAGGCAUCGGCCUGGGCACUUAUGUGGUCAGACGGAUGAACGACACGCCUGUCGGCGAGUCUAAGGGCGAAGAAACUAAACGGUCCAAGGGGAAAAUCGAGAAGCAAGCGACAUCCAUUGACGGAACAGCGCCGGACAAGGAACUGGAACGUAAGCAGAAAUCUGCCGAGCUGGGCGAGAAACUGUCUCCCCUUAAGGAGGCAAACAGCUACCAGAACGGGGGCAACAAUUGCUAUCGCAAUGGCAAGUACGACGAGGCCAUUGACAAGUGCCUGCCGGAGAACGGCACUUACAUGGCCAUCUUUUACCAGAACCAUCUUCUACCAGAAGAAACAGAAAUAAGGAGGAGUUGACACAGACGACUGUGAAAACUGUCCCGGACUCAAGGAUCUGGACAAGAGCAUGGUCAAGAGCAUCAGGACAAUACUCUUAGCCACUUGUAAAUGCCCAAGGAGUGCAGAAAUGUGAAGCCUACCUGUUAGAGCCCUCCAGCAUAAGUUGGAAGUCACCUCUACCGAGGACUACGGGGCGCUGCGCUACUGCGAGCAGGAUAAGUUUACUUAGAUGGUCAAGCAAGUGAAGGACGCCGGCGCUACGACGACAAAGCCAACCAUCUCCUGAUGCAGCAGGAGCUCCCCGCCAUUGCUACUGGUGGUCGCAUUGUGGCGCGUUUUGAGGAGCUGACUCUUGAGAUGUCACACUAUCGUCAUAAUUUUCCACGCCUGUAUUUAUUUCAUUAAUAUAAUCAUUGCGUUGUUGUGAGAUUUGUACUUAAUAUAAUCUCCCUGAAAAUAAAAAAUGUGUUUAUU